AUGCUGGUGACGCUCGCCCUCUAUCACCGCGACGGCCUCUCGCGGGGCAACUCACGCCGCAUCUUUGGCUACGAGGCCUACCACUGGGGCCUCCUCUUCGUGUCUGGCGCCGACGCCGCCGCCGCCGCCCCCCUCUAUUCCUUUGACGCCACCGAUGCCUCGGACAUUGAUCCCGUGACGUUUCGCCUGCGCAACCCAUCCAUGGACUGGUGGUUGCGCGCCGAGGCUCGGCCAGCGCCCAACCCCAAGUUCCUCGGGCAGCUCAUCGUCGGGGUCGUGCCUAAUGGCGAUGCCGACGCGGGCUCAUUGGAGGAGCUCCGGGCUUUUUUUGAGCAGGUUCCGCUGCCAGUCAAGAACACGCACCCGCAGCAGAGCUGCGUGACAUGGGCGGUGGCCGCUCUCGGGCACAUGCAAACGCGGGGCUGGGUGCGGACUUUUGACCUGCCCAGCUUCCAGGACGCGGCGCUGGCGUACGCGGAUGCGAGGAUCGCGGAGGAGGCUACGGAGCCGGCGAUCAAGGAGUACUAUGCGUAG